CAAAGUAUCAAGUGAAAACUAUUGAAAUACCUGUUAUAUAGAACAUAUACUAACAAUUACAAGGUUUAAAAUGUCUGCUUUUGAUACUCCUCGAAAGCUAUCGUUCACCUAUCCAAGCGAGGAACAGAGGAAUCAAGCCAUUGACAUUAUGCGACCGUCCGGCUUGUCUUCACAGGUUUAUAACAGACAGCAGUUGCAUAAGCGAAUCUGUGAGGCAGAAAGGGAAAGUGAUAUUCCAAUGUUAAGCAAUGAAAGUUAUUUCAAAGCUCAAACUAAGCGUUCACAGCCAUCGACGUACGACCGUAUAAAUCACGUGACCUGUGGAUACGAUCAGAAGCUUCAUCGAGACGACAGAGCAUUCGCCAAGUCACGUGGCUUGCACGUGAACAAGGAGGAAAAAUCCGUAUGUGUUCCCUCUCUAUCGUCCUCAAUCUACGGUCAUCCAUCUAGGGAACCGCUCGAAGUUAUCGAUCGUAAACAUUUUUCUGUACAAACUUGUAAGAAAGAUUUUUUAAGAGUCGGUGGAACUAACAUAGGAUCUAAUCCUGACCUGCAUUAACUUGGUGCGUUUUUCAUUGCAAAAAACUCUUAUAAUAGCAUACAGAAUAUGGGUUAUGGGUACUCCUUGCUCGUCUUUAUCCCCAUCUAUGGACAACAUGGACAACACCGAGUGAAAACCAGUCUUUAAAGACAAACAUGUAUUUAACAGAAACAAUUAGAAACAACAAGAAUUAAGGAGCGUUCAAGAAGUUCCGGUGGAACUACAUUGAUUCACAAACUGAUUUGUAUUUUCUCGCAUCCUCAGGGUGAUAACAUAACAUAUCAUACCAUUACUAUAAUACUGCUUUAGCAGAGUUUUAAAUUUAAAAAAAAUAUAAAGGCUAACAAAUCGAUAACUAUGAAGGAAACAUGCAUGGAUACAGUGCAUGCAAGUGACUUUUUCUGCUCUUAAAAUGUAUGUUCGCGCAAUUUUUGUUCCCUGUACUUUUAAACUAUGGAUCUGAGAAAAAUAUGGUAUCAACAUACUAUACACUGGAAUUUUUCAUCAACCCUUUAAUUAAUCAAGUAAACUGGACAGGUUACAUUUAAUAACUGCUUAAUUAGACCAUUCCAGUUUUAUUUUCUACCCGGAGGUCCACGGCUGAAAAGAAAAAGGUUUGCGUUAAAAUAUUGUGGAAAAGAACUAAUAAACCAAACCUCGAAAGUUCUUAUUCUCAAGUACUUUAAAGUUAAAUUUAUAGUGCUGGAUCCGGAAAUCCAAACACGGAACACAAAAUAAGUUGAUGUAGUUUAAGAAUUGGUAAAGAAUAUCGGCAUAAUAUAUAAAAAUACAUACCAACGGC